ACCAAUAAACCACUUCUUGUAUCAUAUGCAUUGUCUUCCUUCUCAAUCCUCCUCCUCCUCCUCCUCCUCUUUCUCUGGCUGGAUCAUCAUGAACAACACAACUGACACAAGUGGUUUUCUCGGCUCUAACAACAUUGGAGGAUUCGGCUAUGGCAUUGGUGUAUCAGUUGGCAUCCUUCUUCUCAUCACGACCAUCACCCUUGCUUCCUAUUUCUGCACCAGAACUCCUCCACCAGCGCACCCUGCAACGCGGGGGAUCAACGCCCUCGACCCUCCAGACCUGCAAAGCUUUGUUGUAGAUAUAGGACUCGAUGACAACACCAUCAAGAGCUACCCGAAGAUGCUAUACUCCGAGGCCAAGCUACAGAAGACAGACUCCACUGCUUCCUGCUGCUCUAUAUGUCUAGCAGAUUACAAGGCCACCGAUACACUCCGGUUACUUCCAGAUUGUGAACACCUCUUUCAUCUCAAGUGCGUUGAUCCAUGGCUGCGGCUUCAUCCUACAUGUCCGGUUUGCAGAACAUCUCCGCUUCCGACGCCUUUGUCGACUCCUCUAGCUGAGGUGGUGCCAUUGGCAAGCAGAAGGGACUGAUUGAAGAAGUGAAAGGGGAGCAUGUAAUGAUUUGAUUCUGGGGUUCUUUUUUGUAUCAUUUGUACACAGAAAUAGAGUUCCAACUAUUGAUGG